AUGACUAUCGAUCACGAAACGCUUAAAUCAUACACGUUAGCUGUCCUACCGAGUGGACUGGAUACAAGCGUGGAGAUUUUUGAGCUGCCUCACCCUUCAAAUAACGAGUCUAAGAAGAAUCUAAGGCUAUUUACGCUAGAUGACCAGGUUUAUCAAUUAAAAACAAAAGAAUUUAGUAAAGGAUGCGAUUACAAUAAACAGAAGGAUCUAGUAAGCGACAAGUAUCAUUACACAAGCGAUGGCCAGCCAUUCAAAUCGACUUUCUUAAUUGACGAGAAUAACAGAUCGGAUGGUUUUACCAUGGAAAAUGGAUCUAUACUUUACAGCGAGAAGUACGAUUUAACUUUCAGCUUAUGUGGUUAUUACUAUAGAAAGAAUGUAGUCCCAAAUGAGGACGCUGCUUUUACUCCAUCUAUCAAUGGGUCAAUAAAUCCUGAUAAGAACUUUUACACCUCUAGCGAUUACCAAGAAAGGUUAAUAAGUAACCACAAUGAAAAUUGGGCAAAGACUCCAUCACAUAUCUGGGAAAAAGCUCUUGAAAACAUUUCUAAAAUAGUAGAAGAGGCGGGAGAGAAGUACUAUUGUAUUGAUGCAGACAAGAUAACAGAAUGGUUAGUGAGGAAGGUUUGUAGAAUUAUCAAUAAUUUCCCAGCUUCCUUGAAAAUACCAAGCACAUUUCCUGAAAAUAUCUCAUCAGCCUUCAAGUGUAUCAUGUCCUGUAACCUGUUGGUGUCAUUGAUUCCACAAUUAGCGUAUCAACGGCUAAUAAAUUAUGAAUCAGAAGAAUUAAACAUCAAGCAACAUUUUGAAGAGUAUAAAAAGUACAAGGAAGAAAGCAUAAAAGAGGAUAUUCAAAAGGAAAUGGCAAUAAAAGCGGCAAUGUCUACCGGAUUGCCAAAUAUGACUAAUGGAAUCGAUAAAAGUAAGAAGAAAUCAAUCCCAAAGCCCAAAGUUGUGAAACCCAAAGUCGCCAAGGGUAAGGGUCGAAUUGACGGUUUUUUCAAGAAUGCAAAGAUUUAG